AUCCAAAAUGGCUAUCUGCUCUCUAUAUUAGUCUACUAUAUAGGGUUCUGUAGAAUGAGCUGUAGGACCCUAGGCAAGUGCACUAUAUCAACAAUUCAAGGGUAUUUUGGAUUAGAGAUUUUUUUUACAUUGGAACUGCGGUGGACAGGGAGCUAAACGAUAAAUUGCUUGCAGGACACUUGAGGAAACAUGGGCCGCUCCUCCAAAGACAAGCGUGAUAUUUACUACAGACUGGCUAAAGAGGAGGGCUGGAGAGCGAGGAGCGCCUUCAAACUGCUGCAGCUGGAUGAAGAGUUCAACCUGUUUAAAGGUGUGAGACGAGCAGUAGAUUUGUGUGCAGCGCCCGGCAGCUGGAGUCAGGUACUGAGCCGCAAACUUCGUGGAAAAGAGUCGAAUGAAGAUGUGAAGAUUGUAGCAGUGGAUCUGCAGGCAAUGGCGCCUCUUCCCGGAGUCACACAGAUUCAGGGUGACAUUACUAAGAUUUCCACAGCUCAGGAGAUUAUCAGGCACUUUGAGGGACAGGCUGCAGACUUAGUGGUGUGUGACGGUGCCCCUGAUGUUACUGGACUGCACGAUGUAGACGAGUACAUUCAGGCGCAGCUACUUCUCGCUGCUCUGAAUAUCACGACUCACGUUCUAAAACCUGGAGGAAACUUUGUGGCGAAGAUAUUUAGAGGGAAGGAUGUGACGCUGCUUUAUUCUCAGCUCAAAAUCUUCUUUAGUACAGUAACCUGCGCCAAACCUCGCAGCAGCCGCAACUCCAGCAUAGAGGCAUUUGUGGUGUGUCAGAAUUAUUCACCCCCUGAAGGUUAUGUUCCCAACAUGUCUAACCCACUGCUGGAUCACUCUUAUGAUGUGGAUUUUAACCAGCUUGAGGGACCAAACAGGGUAAUUGUUCCGUUUCUGGCAUGUGGAGACCUCAGUGCGUUCGACUCUGACAGGACUUACCCACUUCAGCUGGACUCUAAUAAGGAGUACGAGUAUUUGCCACCCACACAGCCUCCGAUUCGACCCCCAUAUCAGCAAGCCUGUCAUUUACGCAAAAACAACCUUCUGGCCAAAGAGGACUCACCUUCUGCCCCGCUCCAUGAUGCUCUUUCCACCAUGAACCUCAAAGCCGGACAGGAAACUGAUCCUUCCACAUCUGAAACUCAAUGAACACUAUCCUAUGACUCAAAGACAAUUUUUUUAAAUUAAAUUUGCGGUCUUUUUGUAAGAAUUUUGUUAGAAUUUUUAAAUUAAUAUUAUUCAUUGCUUUAUAUGUAAAUUUCAUGGAUUUUAAUAAUGUGAGUGCUUUUAUUUUUAUUUUAUUUCAAAAAUAAACACUUUAACCAUCA